AUGAUAGCCAAGGAAAUAAAGCCCAACCAGCGCCGCUUGAAGGUAACAGCAGGCCCAGACUACAACCUCAAGACCCAUCAAGUGGUCCCCGUGAACGGUGAAACAAUCCGAAUUGAAAACGAGCACGCAAUCAUCAGUCUCUGCGUAAAGAUCAAAGACUACACAGGCUAUCCAGAGAACUCACCCUCCACAAGUCCAUAUUUCGACGACCCUCUGCACAACAGAGACCUAUAUUCCAUUUGCUUCUCAAUAACCUUCAAAGAACCGGUAAACGGAAACAACCUAUACUUCGGCAAUGAUUUCGACCACCCAAUCCGCGACAUCCUACCUCCAGGCUUCAAUGCAGCCCUGCGCUUUGUCAAAUGGGCCCUCGAUCCAGGUCUAGACGGAGAUGUAUACGCUGACCAGCCGUACCUCUACAGCCCGGCAUUAGCUUCAUGGGAUAUCUUCCGGAUUGGGGACAAGAUGCGGAAAUCCGACGAGGUGCCAACGCUCCAUGACGAGGUCAUUGAAGAAGGCGCUUACAGCGAAGAAGCUGCCGAGACGCGAAAGCGGUUUAAUAUUCCCGAUACGGUCGACGGCCGCAGGAAGCAUUUCCAGGAUGAGGCGCAUCGAAAGGAGUUCGAGUUUGAGCCGGGGAGGAUGUAUGUUGCCGACUUUGGCAAUCCUUAUUUGGCACUCAAUGACUUCUCUGUUCGCCUUCCUGGGUUUACUCUCAAUGUCAUGAAGUACGUGGGUAAAAAUAAUCAUGAACUGCGGUAUACGCUCAAGGACAUGUCCAACGGGCGGGUGUAUCUUGCCGUCGUGUUCUCAGCGGUUCUUUGUGAAAAUGAGAUAAAAGAGGAUUAUCGCGAACAGAGGAAUGGCAAGGAUGAUAAUCUAGGAAAGUUUGAGUGGGAAGCAGGACCAUCAUCUGGUGCCGUGAGUGACAGAGAUUCUUCGUCGUGA